AUGCCACCAAAGCUGCCUUCUACCGCAGUCACCGCCACCUUCAGCAACGACUGCGCGAGAUGUAGGACGCCUGGACUGCUCGCAAAGCUGAGGAGAUCCAAGGAUACGCGGACCACAACGAAUGGAAGAUCUUCUUCCCUGCGAUCAAAGCUGUCUACGGUCCGCCGACCAAAGGCACCGCUCCUCUCCUCAGCACCGACGGCAAUACCCUCUUGACUGAGACGAUACAAAUUCUACAGCGAUGGGCCGAGCAUUUCCGCGGCAUCCUCAACCGCCCUUCCGCCAUCUCUGACGCCGCCAUCGAGCGUUUGCCGCAAGUGGAGACCAACGUGGACCUCGACCUCCCGCUAUCUCUCCAGGAGACCAUCAGGGCCGUGCAGCAGCUCUCCAGCGGGAAAGCACCCGGAUCGGACGCAAUCCCUGCUGAGGUCUACAAGCACGGAGGUCCCCAACUCAUGGAUCACCUGACUGCGUUCUUCCAGGAGAUGUGGCGUCAAGGUGAAGUCCCGCAAGAUUUCAAGGACGCAACAAUCGUGCACCUAUACAAGCGAAAAGGGAAUCGCCAAGUCUGCGACAAUCACCGUGGCAUCUCCUUGCUGAACAUCGCCGGGAAGAUCUUCGCUCGCAUCCUUCUCAACCGCCUCAAUACCCACCUGGAACAGGGCCUUCUGCCGGAAAGCCAGUGCGGUUUCCGUCGUCAUCGUGGGACCACGGAUAUGAUCUUCGCCGCCCGCCAACUUCAGGAGAAGUGUCAGGAGAUGCGGACCCACCUGUACUCUACCUUCGUGGACCUGACGAAAGCCUUCGACACGGUGAAUCGUGAAGUACUGUGGAAGAUCAUGCAGAAAUUCGGCUGUACGGAGCGAUUCACUCAGAUGGUGCAUCAGCUGCACGACGGUAUGAUGGCGCGAGUCACAGACAACGGAGCUGUCUCAGAUACGCCGUGCAACCCUUGGUCUGCGAAAUCCUGGUGUUGUGUGUAUGGGGGGGGGGCAGGUCGUGCCGUGGCGCGCGCAGUCAUGGUCAGUCGACCAUGACAGCCACCACGUCCAACUCCCACUCCAGUCUGCUGGCCGGCUCGGACAGCGGCUGGGGUGUGGGAGUGGGAAGGUAGAGUGAGGUUGACGACUCAGCGCACUUUCCUCACUAUAAACAAUCUGACGCGCUUGAAGCUAUCACGGUGCGCUAAAAGCCGUGGUUUGGAAGGUUGCCAACUGACGGGGUAACUUGGACCUCCUCCUCGUCGACUGGAGGCGGUCUGAGAGUCAGGCUGCAAUGACUCCUUUUUGAUGGGGCCUUUAUGGCACUCCCAUCACAGUGUGGGAUCCGAGCCAGGCGUUGGCGGCACGCCCAGGUGCGGCUUCGGCCGCGCCAGCCUCCAAAUCUCUGUUGCGUUGGUUGAAAUCCUGGUUAUUUGUUGUGUGGACCAGGGGGUGUGGUGGAAUGCCAAGGUGAGGAUCCGUCCGAGCCAUCCACUUGCGGCCUCUCUCGUCUCCGGUCUUCUUGACUCUGUCAUGACACCAGGCUCGGGCGAGGGAGGAGGAGAGAGUGUAGGUAGAUGCUACGCAAGUCUACUGCACUAUAAACCCCUGCGUAAGUCACCGUCCCUGUUCCCAUUGCUGCUGCAACUGUGGGGCACACGGUGGACAUCAUCGAAACCGAUGGUCGAACUUUCAUAUGUAUACGUAUUUGAAGGGUUAGAGGCAGAGCCCUUGAUGACCCUAUUUAUGUGCAGUGCUUUCGCAGAUUCGUACUCAAAAAUAAAAUUGCAGACAUUUACAAUGUGAUUGGGUCACAGUUAAAUCGUAAUCAUAAGGUAGUGCAAUAGGUCAUUGUAAAUUAAUACGAAAGGGUUCUAUAUGACAGACUUUACAAAACUGGCAGUGCAUAGUCAAGAUGUACAAGCCGAUUUCUGUCGAAAAGUAGACGAGCAAGUUUUCUUUUAAACACACAAAUUGUGUCAGCCGUCACCAUCUCGCCUGCAGGCGAGUUCCACGGUCUGACAACCCACAGGCCGAAUGAGAAUCUUAGUCGGUAAAAACGCGUGCGCUCAUUCCCGACUUUGUAGGCAUGGCCGCGUAGUUCGUUUGUACGAGCAAACUAAAAGAAGUCCUCUGCUCUUAAGGAGCAACCCUGGCCGCGGACAAUCCGGAACGUCCAGAGUAGACUGCAGUUUAUAUUUCUAUAAGAGAGAGAGAAUAAGCCAAGCAAAUUCAGCCUCUCCUGAUAAGACAAAUCUUUAGACUGUCGACCAUCUUUGUCACUCUGCGUUGCACCUGUUCGAGUAAGUUGAUAUCCUUUCUUAUCCAUGAUGAAGCUGCUGGCAUUCCAUACUCUAGAUGAGGUCUUACAAAGACAUCAAAGAGUCUUUCAAAGAGUUCGGGAGGAAAUAUUUUAAAUGCACGUCUGAUCCAGUGUAGAGUACUAGUUGCCUUCUGGACCAUCUUUCUACAGUGUUCUGAUGGCGACUGAUUUGUGGUCGUCCACACACCCAGAUCUCUGUGUAUUUCCACAGUUUCUAACCUCGUCCCGUCAAUAUAGUACUUGUGUUUUGGAGAGGUAUUGCGGCCGGUGUUCAGGUGCAAGACCACGCAUUUGGACACGUUAAACUUCAAAAGCCAUCUGUUCGACCAAGCACAUAGUUUGUCGAUGUUCGACUGCAACUUCUCUGCGUCAUCAUCACACUUGACUUCACUCCAUAUUUUUAUGUCAUCCGCUAACAUGCGGGCCCCGCAGUUCACUUCGCUCAUGCAGUCAUUAACAUAAAUCAGGAAUAAUACUGGGCCUAAGACAGAACCCUGUGGGACACCACUUUCCACCUUUGCCCAUCCCGACGUUGAGUUAUCAACGACGACUCUUUGUACUCUGGAGGACAGAAAACUCCUAAUCCAUUUAAACAUUCUUCCUUGAAUUCCUUCAUCCCAGAUCUUCUGUAAAAGAAGCCUGUGUGGGACACUGUCAAAGGCCUACUUGAAGUCAAAAAAUAUGACAUCUACUGGAAAACCCUUAUCGGUAGCUCGUGUCCAUUGCUUGUGUGAGUAAGGAACACUAAUUAGGCAGGAACCCCUGGACAAAAGCCAUGUUGAGCGUCACAAAAUAUUUUGUUCCGUUCCAGCUAUUUCAUCAAGUGUCUUUUGAUAAUGCGUUCCAUUAUCUUACACGCGAUGCAAGUAAGACUGACGGCACGAUAAUUUCUGCAGUCAAGUCUUGUGCAUCCUUUAUGGAUCGCGGUAAUGAGUGCGCACUUCCAUUCUUCCGGGAGCUCGCCGUCUUCAAAUGACUUUUGAAAUAUUGCGGAUAAGGGUUUGCACAGUUCAUUAGCAAGUUCACGAAGCGCUAAUGCGGGAAUUCUAUCUGGGCCAGGCGAUUUGGUAGGUUUCAGUCGGAGUAGCUCGGCCCUAACUAUGGUAGAUUAAAAGAGUGGCUCCUCGAUUAAAGAGGGUAGGGAGGGGAUAGGAGAGAGGAGGGCACUAGGAGGAGAGGUUGGUUGACGAAUGGAUGGAUGGGCAAAUAUAGAACUAGGCUCUCGGGUGAACACGGAUUGAAAAAAGUCGGAAAGGAGGGACGCUUUAACCUGGUCAUCAGUCUCCAUUUUUCCAUCUGCAGACCUAAGGGCAGGGAUCAGCUCCUGAGUCCUUUUAGUAUUUCAUGUAUAACCAUAUAGACUUUUCGGAUGCUCCAACUAAUUUUAAAGUAUUUCCAAUUCGAACUUCCUUCACAGCUUUGGGACCUAACUUUUACAAACGUUUCGUUGCUGCUUAUAUUCCAGUAAGUGUUCUUCGGAGCCAGUUAGUCUGUAACGCCUCCACAGACGAUUCCUUUUUCUGA